UCGAAAAUAAAAUAUAUAAAUGAAUUUAACGAACAUUAGUUUUGCACUAAUAAGAUCGCCCAAGAUUAAAUUUGGGAGGCAUUACCCAGAACAUUGGCUGAAAUACCCUCCUACUCCACAUUAUUUGCACCAGAUAUUCACAUUUUUUAUAUUCAUUAUAGGAGCCCUUGGUAUAUCCGAGAAUGUUGUUUCUCUUUACCUUUUUGCCACCGAAAAAAAUCUGAGAUCACCUUCAAAUUCAAUCAUCAUGAAUUUAGCCCUGUCCGAUUUAUUCAUGUUAACUAGUAAUUGCCCAUUGAAUUUUGUAUCAGGCUUGUACGGAAGAUGGGUAUUUGGAGAAAUAGGUUGUGAUAUAUAUGGGUUUUCGGGUUGUGUUUUUGGCCUGACCUCUAUCAAUACCAUAGCCUUAAUAUCCAUAGACCGCCUCUACAGUGUUAUGAUGUCGCUUCAAAGAAAAAAAAUAUCCUAUGUCCUUACGACAAGCUACAUCAGCGCCGUUUGGGUUUAUUGCAUAAUAUGGUCUGCUCUGCCCUUCUUCGGCAUAAACGAGUACGCGUUAGAGGGAUUUUUGACCACUUGUACCGUCAACUACACUUCUCAGAAAAGAGUUUCCAAGAUAUACAAUCUAUGCUUAUUUUUGUUCUGUUUUAUCCUACCUUUAUUAAUUAUUGCUGGAACCUAUACCAAGAUAUUCCACAUCUUGUCCAAACAUCAAGCAGAUAUGAAAAGUCAAAUUAAGAAUCUCACAUCAUCCGAAGGAAAACUUUUGACAAAAAACUUUAACAAAACAGUUAAAAUGGCCAAAAUUGCAUUAUAUUUGUUAACCGGAUACCUUAUAGCAUGGGGACCUUACUCUAUAGUAUACAUUUUAAGUGCCAUAGGAUAUGGUGAAAAUAUUACCCCUUUCAUGUCUAUGCUGCCAGCAAUAUUGGCGAAAACGUCUGGCAUAUAUAAUCCUAUCAUUUAUGUUGCAUCACAUGAAAAGUUUAAAGAAAUUUUGAAAAAGAAAUACAAAAUAUUCCGAACUGUAUUAGAAUCCUUUAAAGAAGAAGAAAGAAAACGAAAAGUGGUCAGAGCGGACACAGACGUUACUAACGAAACGUCUUAUUCACAAAAUGACCCUGAAAUUGGAUCUCUAAAUAUUAACCCCGCUAUAUCAUAUAUCGCUACCCCUGAUAUAUCAAAAACUAAAACAGUUGAUAAUUCAGAAUCAAAUCCCAAAAAUGUUGAUAAAAGCCCCAAAAAGGUAUUACAGGAACAGCCUACUUCCGACUUUCAUAUUAAAGAAGCCCAAAUAAAAAUUGUGGUAGCUGAGGUAAACGAGACUCUUAAUAAGAAUUUAGAAAAAAAUAUAAUGGUUAUGUCAAAUAUAAACACUGAUUCGAAUAUAUCAAACCUUACUCCUAUACCCACGAGGUCAUCAGAAGUCACCGAAUUAUAGAUAUAAAACCCAAAUGAAAAGUAAUCUGCUUCUAGCAUUAUUCACGUAAUCAUAUUAUGUGUUUCAAUUCACCUAGCUAGCUUAAAUGUUAAAGAAAAAUAUUUGUGCACCAUUGAC